CCGACAGUGUCGCAAAGGGCUGUCCAUUGCCGGCAAUGGCGGCGCGCCCGGAGCGAGCGGGGAUGGGCGGGAGUGCCACGGGGGGCUCGGCACGGAUACACACCGCGGGAUUACAGCGCCGAUCCUAACAGCGCUGUAACCCGGCUCUCAGCAACGCCUACGGCCGGGGGAGCCGGGCAGGGAUCGAUCGGACUCCUCUGCCCUAAGUGCAAUCCCAACAAGCGCUUCCUUUUAAUCAUUUACUUCAAGGGCUUUGCUUUUGUUAUCUCGCCAUCCACUUCCGAUAAAACCAGUUAAGGCAGGCUCUUUUGGAGAGAUCAAAUUUAUCGAUCCAACAGCUGACAUUCAAAAGAAUCCCAGCCAGAGGAAUUUGUCUAGGAAGAGAAAUAAAAUUUCAUCAUGCGAAUGCUCCCAAUUUGCUUGGUUUUCUUUUGUCUCUUUUGUCUUUGUGGAUCAGAGGUUAAACCUGCCCAGCCCGCUGAGCAAGACAACUACCUCAUAGAAGAAUGCUUGGGCAACAAAUACACCCACAAGUCCUGUAAGAAAGUUUUUUGUCAGCCAUGGGAACGAUGUGUGGAGGGAAAGUGCCUGUGCAAGCUCCCGUACCAGUGCCCAAAGAACGGCUCUGCAGUUUGCUCUAGCGGUGGCAAGAACUUCCGUACCUACUGCCAGCUGAAGAGCUACGAGUGCCAGCAGCCCAAAGCAAAGUUUCUGCACAGGGGAACGUGCAAGCCUGAAGAAACAUUUUCAGUCUCUCUGGGUCAUGGAGAUUCAAGUUUGCUUCGAGUAAAACCCAUGAAUCACAAGGAGGACAGUUUUGUGUGUGCUAGUGAAUGGACUAUGAAUGAAGCAAACGUGGCUUGCAGGCACCUUGGCUUUGAAUUAGGUGCUGAAUAUUACCAAGUCACUUCCAGCAUCACAGAAUCUGCCUUAAAUUCAUUAAACUGUCUGCAAAUAAGUUGCAGGGGCCUAGAGACAAGUCUUGCUGAAUGUCACAUAGAGAUGAAAUCAAGAGAUAGUAAUGAGGGACUGGUUAGCCUGCAGUGCCAUGAAAAUCUCAGAGUUUGUUCAGAUGGGGAGUUUCACUGUGUCAACAAGAAGUGCAUUUCUCUGAAUAAAACCUGUGAUGGGAUCAAUGACUGUGGAGACCUGAGUGAUGAACUGUGCUGUAGAGAGUGCAGAGAAAACAGCUUCCACUGCCGGUCAAACAUCUGUAUUCCAAAUAAGAGUGUCUGCAACAAAGAAAUUGACUGCCUCACAGGAGAGGAUGAAGCUGGAGCUAUCUGUGCAGGCAAAGAAGAAGAUGCUGAAAAUAACAGUAUGGACAAAGAAAGAAAAAUGAUAAAGACACUUCUUCCCCAAGUGCACUGUGGUGUUAGGAAUCACACACUAACUCGACGGAAAAGAAUUGUAGGUGGAGAGAUUGCUGGAAAGGGUGAAUUUCCUUGGCAAGUGGCAAUUAAAGACACCAGCAAUGAAGGUUCCACAGUGUUCUGUGGAGGGGUUUAUAUUGGUGGCUGUUGGGUUCUGACUGCUGCUCACUGUGUCAGGGCAAAUCGGGUCCAUCUCUACCUUGUCUGGGUUGGAAUGUUGAACACAAUAGCGUAUGACAAAGAGAUAAAUACUUACAAACUAAACCAAGUGAUAAUUCAUGAAAACUACAAUGCAUCAACGUACGAAAAUGACAUUGCUCUGCUGGAGCUGAAAGGUUCUGGGCUCGGAGAAUGCUCCCUGGAAGAGACCAGCAUACCUGCCUGUGUCCCCUGGUCAGAGUAUAUGUUUAAGACUGGUGACAGAUGCAAGAUUUCUGGAUGGGGACUAGAGAAAGGUUACACAAAACAAUUUAUCCUCAAGUGGGGAAAUGUUAAUUUAUUUCACAAUUGUUCUGAAUUGUAUCCAGGACGAUUUUUUAAAAAAAUGGCAUGUGCAGGUACUUAUGAUGGCUCCACAGACAGCUGCAAAGGUGAUUCAGGAGGGCCCCUGGUGUGCUUUGAUGCAGAAGACGUGGCCUACGUGUGGGGCAUUGUGAGCUGGGGUGAGAACUGUGGCGAGGCUGGUCACCCUGGCGUGUACACACAGGUUGCCAGCUAUUAUGACUGGAUUAGCCACCAUGUAUCAAGGGGGCUCAUUUCACGGUACAAUAUCUGAAGCUCAGAAAAUUCAAUGCUUCCUGCGUAUCACCUAUGUAAAAAUAGUCCUUUUCUACAAUCAGCUGUCACAUAACUUAGCAACAAUCAGUACAAAUCUUCCAGGAAUGCAUUUUGAAAAUUCUUAACACUCUCUGAAUAUCGCAUUUUUGCAGAGCCUGUGGGAAAAGAAUUUUACAGGCACAAGUCCACUGCAAAGGUCUCUAAUAAAAGCAGAUAUUAAAAUAUUUUUUUCUUGUAAUAUUAUUUUUUUCCACUUUUACCAUUGCAUUUCAGUUGUUGUUUAUUUAGCUAAAAGGGAUAAUGAUACUGGAAGCAGUGGUUGGAAAAUGACUGCACUGGCAAGUGAACUUCACAGAAAGGACAGCAGCCAGCCUGCUUAAAAGAACUUGCAUCAUCUCGAGGUCUAAGUCACCAGAAAUCCUCAGCAGGCUGCCUGGCUUGGCACUUGAUUCUUUAGGUUUAUUGCAGAAGAAGACUUCAGUCCACCUAUUAAUCAACAGAUUGCCUAUGACCAUGAGAUUUGUUGCAAUGCAACAAUUGCUCAAAUAAUAAAUAUCCUUGAUAGUUUUUCCAUCUACAAACUCAGACAAUUACUAUCUAGUCAAUAUACAUCAUCUGAUCAUCUAGCCUGGGGCAAUUUUUGUAGUUCUUAAGUUUUAUUAAUUUAACAGCAGCUGGUCACAAACAACAAAGGAAUUUUGAAACUUAAAUAUUCAACUUAAAUCAAUAGCAUCUUGACAUCUUAAGAUCUCUAUGUAUGUAUUUAUAUUUCAGGUAUCCAACAAAAUCUCAACACCAGAGUUUUACUCUACACACUAUCACACACUCUAUGUGCAUCUGUAUUCUUAUAUACAUACAUUUUAUAUAGCAAUAUAAACAUGUAAAAAGACAAUACCUUAUACACAUAGAUUUAAUUCUACAAAACCAUGUAGCAGACACAAAGUUAGACUUCUUGCUGUCAUAAAGAAAACAUCAGGCUAUACACAAUACCUUCUCAUUCAGCAAGAGCUGCUCACAAAAAGUGUGCACAAAUUCUUUUUGAAGCAGUAGAAUUUGAUUUGUGGAUUGGUACCCUCAACACAAAGCUCACAUAGCUCCAGCCAGUUGUAUGAAAAUGAUCAAUAGCUUUAGAACAUUUUUCACUGUAUUCUGAUGACAAAUACUUUCAAUAUCUAUUUCACUUUAUUUCUCUAAAUUAUCCUGCUGAAUAAAUUGCAUAUGUUCACACAACACAGUUGUUGUGGUGCUAUUUCUUCUAUAAUUCGGCACAGUCUGACAACAACAAUUUUUACAUUUUUAUUGACUUUUCUUCAUCUUCCAGACUUGUAAAAACCCCACAUCAGCAUGACUGUGGUGUAAAGACACCAUCGGUCACCAAAAUAACUAAAGUAAGGGCAUGAAUUCUUUCUCUUAACAAACACACACACCCUCAACAAAGUUUGCUAUUUAGGAAAGCUUUUAAGCACAUUCCUACACAGAAAUUAUUUUGCUGAAUCAGGGUCUUGGUAAAGAAAUCCUAAAAAGGGAAACACUGGAGAGAUGUACAAAGAGCUCCCUCUUUUGUCUGACUUAAUUUUUGUGUGAAAAACUUUUGCCAUCAAUUUCAUUAGGUAAGUACACAUUAUAUUAAAUGCUGAGGUUGCCAAUUAAAAUAAAAUAAAAUAAAAUAAAAUAAAAUAAAAUAAAAUAAAAUA